UUUUCAGGGUAUUUUCUAGAUAGUCUUAACGGCUACACUUUUUUAAUUUCCAAGGCUUUUUUAUCCAGCUUUUACCUUUAUUUGUUCUUUUUUUUUGGUUCAGUAAAGUAAGAUAGUAGUAAAAAUGGAAGCUACAGAUAACAAGAUUAACGGUAACGCCUCUGAGACUAUCAAGGAAAAUGGACACUCGACGAAGGGAAACGAGGACAAGAAGAUAUUCGUUGGUGGAAUCUCGCCCGAAGUGAACAACGAAGAUUUGAGCUCCCACUUCACCCAAUAUGGAGAAGUUGCUCAAGCUCAAGUCAAGUACGACCGGACUAACGGCCGCUCCAGAGGGUUCGCAUUUGUCGAGUUCACCACUGGAGAGGGCUGUAAAUUGGCCCUUGCUGCUCGCGAACAAACCAUCAAGGGAAAAUCUGUCGAGGUAAAGCCAGCAAAAUCGAGGGAAAACAAGAAGGUGUUUGUUGGAGGACUCCCAUCGGACUACAGCGAGCAAGAUCUUCGCUCUCAUUUCGAACAAUUCGGCAAGGUCGACGACAUUGAAUGGCCAUUCGAUAAGCAGACCAAGGCUCGUCGCAACUUCGCUUUUAUCGUAUUCGAGGAGGAGGAGUCCGCAGACAAAGCAUCUUCCCAGACAAAACAGACCUUCGGAACUCGCGAAUGUGACGUGAAAAAAGCAGUUCCACAAGGAAAACGGUUCCCAGGCGCCCAAGGGCGUAUGCCAGGUGGUCGCGGAAUGUAUGGUGGACGUGGUGGAAAUAACAACUCGGGAUGGUAUGCUGGAUGGGGACAAAUUGGAGCUAUGCCAUACGGAGCUACUGGAGCAGCUUGGGGAGACUGGUACGGAAACGGUUAUUACGGCCAACAAGGUGCAGCACAUCACAACAACAGCGGAUCAUCGCAAGGUUACGGAAGCGGAUACCAGAGUUUUGCAGGAAAUAACAGUGGAUUCGAUUACCAACAAGCUCAAGGAGCCAGACAGGGCAACAAUGGCCAACCACGCUUCCAACAGCAGCCACAACAACAAACUGCUCAAGCCCAACAGUUCUAAAUGUGCCUUCAGAACAUCACCUCAAUCACCAUCUGAAAUGCCUCCAUCACAGUCCUCUUCAGAAUUCCUGUUUCCUUCCUACCUAAUCUUUCAAAAAAUGUCCAAAUUGUUUUGUCCUCACGCCCAGACUCAAUCAAAAGCAGUUACAAAUCGACCCUAAAUUUCUAACGCGCGUUUUUCUUUAAUUCCUUUUUUGGCAAUGACGAUCUGAGAUGUGUUGUUCCCGAGGUUGAAUUUUAUAUCGAACCAGUUUGUUUUGUUUCUCUGAUUCUCACCCAAACUAUCAUCGACUCUCAACUUUUUUCCGUUGGUAAUCUUUGAUUUGAAUAACUCCAGGAAUAAUAAUAACAUACUUUUGUUGUUUUAGAUGAUGUUCUUGUGAACAUAAUACUUUAUCCACCCGCCUUUUUAGAUGUGUAGAAGUACUUUAUUUCCAUCAGUUUUUUCAGUCAUUUUUUGUUGUUUUAAUUGUUUCGCUCGUUUUUUCUUUGAGCGAUUCUGCGGCAGAAAACAAACUGUAUUUUUACUUCUCUUCCCUAAAGUCUGUAUGCUUCGCCCCCAAUUUUUGUCUUUUAGUUGUUGUUAUGGUGCUUUUUCCUUUGUUCAGGAACUGGUAACCAAUUAGACUGUGCAAUUCACUGUAGUUGUCAAGUAUAUUCACAUUGAAUUGUGCAGUUAGUUGUUAAUUUCCCUCAUCUCAUUGAAGUGUAUCUGAUGAAUCGUCAGGUGUCCCGUCUUCGUCUAAUCUCACAACACCCAGCCACCCAACAAAAGCUUCUCCCUUUUUCUCCUUCGUUUUUUGCCAAUCUCACCCGUAAAUUCGCUCCCAAAAGCCCCCCCCCAACCGAUUCUAAUAACUGCCUCUUCGUUUGACAUGUUAUUUGUUGUCACAUUCGUUUUUAAUGUAUGAUAGAUUCAUGUCAAACAUUUGUGUUGAUAUUAAGCUGAGAAUGAAAUUUUUGAGGACUAGUUGUUCUUAUAUUAUCA